GGCGUUGGCAGAAGGAUCUUGUUUACAUACACCGAAAUCAAACAAAAUAGAUGGUUUUAAAAUUAAGGCAUCAUAGUUAACACAAAAUAUAGGAAGGAAUUGUGAUCUAUGUGUUGAAGCUUGAAGAGCUAAGAAUUUUUGGAGACUAACAAUAAGGCAUGGCGGCGAUUUAUGAGCCCAGUACGGAUAGUCCAUACAUUCCAACAGAGACCGUAACUUAGAGUAAAGAGGAUGAUUAUAGACUUGGAAUGCUCUAAACAGGAACCUGUCACAAAGAAAUUGUCGUCUGAGAUGCAGGGGCGCUUCAGAACAUUCAACCUGCAAAGCGUUAAUAGGGCUCGAACGCAUAGCCCCAGCAAUUAUUCUCAGAGCCUUAGACUGGAUAAUGUCUAACUUAUGGAGAGCUACUGCAUUACAGGGUUCAAGAAUAAAUGUUCCAUAGUCUAAAAUACUCCUUAUUAGGGCAUUAUAUAGAAGCUUUAGAGAGAAAGGGUGGGCUCCCCACCAAACUCCAGAGAGGCAGCGCAGUAUAUUUAGAAUCUUCUCACAUUUGGCACUUAUAUAGUAGCAAUGAGGGAUGCCUGUAAGUCUCGAGUCUAAAAUUACUCCAAGAAAUGUUGCUUCGCUUUUAACGGGAACUCUAAUGUUAUUAUAAAGUACAGACACUGGAGGAGGAAACCUCAUACGUGAAAAUAAGACUAUACUACUUUUAGAAACUGAAAGGCUGAGACAGUUAUUGUCAAGCCAAACUUUUAGUAACUUAAGGGAAUAUGUCAUAGUAUCAGACAUGUUGUGAACAGAAUCACCAGAGACAUAGAGGAGUAAAUCAUCUGCAUAUUGGAGUGUGCUAACUUUACCCUUAAGGGAGGCUUCCAGAUCAUGAGAAUAUAUAUUGUAAAUUAAGGGACUUAAACUGAGCCCUGGGGUAUACCUUUCCAGGCAAUACGGGAUUGAAUUGAAAGGUUGACAUUAUCAUAGGCUGCAGAUACAUCUAAAAAUGCUGCUAACACAGAGUUAUUGUACGAAAAUGCCAAUCUUAAGUCUGUCAUAAAAAUGCUGAGACUAUCCAUUGUACUCCUACUUUUCCUAAAUCCAAACUGGUUUGGAGAUAGUAACCCCUUACUCUCAAUAAACCAUUCUAACCUAUUUUUAACUAAAUGUUCGGAAAUUUUGGAAAUAACUGAAGCUAAUGCAAUUGGUCUGUAAGAUGAUGGAUCAUUAAUCGGUUUGUCGGGCUUAUGUAUUGGGAUAACUUCAUGGAUUUUCCAUGAUGGAGGAAUAUUACCUGUUGUUAAAAUUGAAUUAAUUAAACUAAGAAAAUAAGAAAGGCAGGAGUCGUUCAGGUUUUGAAGAAAAGAAUAUGGGAUUCCAUCACAACCUGGGGCUGAGUCCCUAAGUUUUGAAAGAACCCCUUUGAGUUCUGAAAGGCUAAAGGAAAUGAAUGAAUCGCUACUAUCAUGCUGGGAGAGGAGAGAAGACUGUAGGUCAGAAGAAAUAUUAUCUAUAGAUGGGACAAAUGGUGGAGCUAAUUUGUCAAGAAACAAAUCAACUGUACUGCUAUCCAUAAAAGGAGACCUUGGAGGCUUAAAAGCGGAUCUGAAUCUACGAAUAUUUUGCCAAACUUCAGAUGGAGAAAUGUCUGGUGAAAUUGAGGCACAAAAAGAUUUCCAGCCAUUGAAUCUUUUUUGUUUUAAUAAUUUACGUGUUUUAGUUAUAAGAUUACAAAGAAUAUUAAAGUUUUGUGUUGUAG